AUGGGCGUGAGUACAACUGUUGACCCUUCCCCUGCUCCCCCUGCUCCCCCCAGCGAUGUGAGCGGCAACAGCCUGUACGGGCGCAUCAACUGCAACUUCAAGAGCAUGGUGGCGGAUGGCGACGCCCUCAUCAACUUGGCUCACAACUUCUUCUUCGGCGAUUCGCUGCUCCUCGCUGCCGGCUGCCAGGUCUGCCCCAGCUUUCUGUUUGGCAGCAACCAGUGCUCUUGUGAUAUCCUCCUCCCUUCCUCCUCCGCAGUGUCCUCACUCUCCACGGGCGCCAUAGUGGGCAUUGCGGUGGGCUGCUUUGCUGGCUUCAUUCUGCUGGCAGCUGUGCUCACAUGGCUACUCUAG